CGACUUCUGUUUUACGAAGAACGAUACUACAAGCACUACCAGCCGGUUGACGAAAUCAAAUUUUCACGAUGAAGAAGAAAGGAUACAAGAUUAGUAAAGGAGAAGGUUCGAUGACUUUAGAAGCUCAGAAUGAUGAAGAUAUUUGGCAUGCAUACAAUCUUAUCAAUAUCGGGGACGAAGUUAGAUCAUCAGCCGUACGGAAGAUCGUUAGUGAAUCCAACUCGACGAGUGGAAAUAAAGAAUCACGUCGUGUUCAUCUUAACUUGACGAUCGAAGUGAAGAAGAUAGCUUACUCGGGUGUAGAUUUAGAUGGAGCGGAUGGUUCUGAAGGCGGCGCAUCGAUCAACCCCAACAAGCCUCCGCCUGAUACAGCCAUACUUCAUGUUUCUGGACCUAUCUCUCAACCCAAUGAACAUGUCAAAAUGGGCGCAUUUCAUACAUUAGAUAUUGAAGCUGGUCGAACUUUUACAAUCAUCAAGGGUCCUCAAGGGUGGGACUCACUUCAUUUUCAACGGAUACAAGAGUCUCUGGAUGGAGCAACAGGUGCCGAUGUAGGAGCCGUUCUAUGCGAUGAGUCAGGAAAGGCAACGAUAUGUUUAAUAGGAUCGCAUACUACGACUGUUAGACAGCGGAUAGAAGUGAAUGUAGCUCAGAAAAAGAAAACGGGACAAGGUUCGGGAACUGAUAAAGCGAUGGAUAAAUAUCAUCGUCAAAUCUAUGAUGGAAUGAUCAAAUAUUUUCCUUUUACCGAUCUCAAGCUUAUUGUCUUCGCUAGCCCUGGAGGGGCGAAAGAUUUGGCAUAUGAAUGGGUCUUUGCAGAAGCUGUGAGGACCGGAAAUAAAGCGAUAAUGUCAUCUAAAUCAAAAGUAAAACGAUUACCGAUCAGUUCUGCGCAUGUCAAAUCACUUACUGAAGUGUUAAGCUCACCUCAGAUUGCUAAUCAACUUCAAGGAACCAAAUAUACAAAAGAAAUUCAAGCACUUGAAAAGUUUGAUAAAUUACUUAUAUCUGAUGAACAAAAAGCUUGCUAUGGCGAAAGUCAUGUUGAUAGAGCUGCCGAUUUUGGAGCUAUUGGAACUUUAAUGAUUAGUGAUUCGUUAUUUCGGAACUCAGAUCCAGUUAAGCGUAAGAAAUUUAUGGAAUUAUCAAAGCAAGUAGAACAAUUUGGGGGUUCAGUGAUGGUAUUCUCAAGUAUGAAUGCAUCUAGUACAAGACUCAGUGAACUCACUGGAGUGGCUGCGAUAUUAACGUUUCCCUUAGAUAUGGAUGCGAUUGGAGCUGAAGGUCAAGGGGUUGAAAAUGCCGGUAAAUGAAUUGUGUAUCCAUUAUUUUUUAUAGUUAUAUCACAAGUCUCGUGUUCUUUUAUGCCACAGUAUUCGAAUAGUAAGAGAAUGGGAAAUGUCAUGUGUCACAUGGCAUCAAGUGACUUUUUUGUAAAUCAAGGUAUCAUUAAUGUCAACAUCAACAUCAUUGUCAUAUUGACCUGAUUAACUUUCU